CAAACACCAGAUACCCAUUUCCCUUAUUCCGGACUAGGGUUACCACUUCCCCAAUCGCCCCCUCAUCGCAGGUCCACAAACACCACAAUUUGUAAGUAUUUAUCCCCAAUUAUUAUUCUCUACAACUUAUCAAUUUCUUUGUGAUCUACGAGCGUCAAAAUUAUCCAAUUUUGUGUGUGUUUAUUUACCUGACGUUAAUUUGAGCCUUUGUUAAGAUCAUUCGGCUGUGAUCUUUAUACUGAAUUGUUGGAUCUGUGCAGAGUAAAAUAUGGAUACAUGGUUUGAUCAUAUUGUUACUUUAGACAAUGGGUAGUCAAAUUCCCAACGGCAAUGAUCGAUCAAGAACUUACUGGACUCCAACGAUGGAGCGCUAUUUUGUAGACCUGAUGUUGGAGCAUAUGCAAAAAGGCAACAGGGUUGGGCAUACGUUUAACAAACAAGCUUGGAACGAUAUGCUUGCUGUCUUUAACGCAAAAUUUGGAUCACAAUAUGACAAGGAUGUACUGAAAAGUCGCUAUACGAACCUGUGGAAGCAGUUUAACGAUAUCAAAAGUAUGCUUGGCCAAGUUGGAUUUUCAUGGGAUGACGCUCGAAAUAUGGUGGUUGCAGAUGACUAUGUUUGGGAUGCUUACAUCAAGGCGCAUCCAGAUGCACGACCGUACAAGAUAAAAUCAGUGCAGAAUUUCAGUGAUUUAUGUUUGAUAUAUGGGUAUACAACUGCUGAUGGAAGAUAUAGUCGUUCUAGUCAUGAUGUGGAUAUUGAUGAUGAAGUCACUGGAGUUAAUUCAGGUGAUGGAGUAGGAACUCCAACUCCGUCAACUACUGAACGCUUAAGGACAGAAUGGACAUUAGCCAUGGAUCAAUUUUUCACUGAGUUGCUAUUACGUCAACAAGAAAAAGGCAAUAAACUUGAUAGUAAUAUUAACUCAUACACCAAAGAAGCAUGGACGGAGAUGCUCAAUUCAUUCACUGAGAAAUUCGGCCCCCACCAUACCAAACGGGUUUUACGACACCGAUACAAGAAACUGUUCAAGUAUUAUACUGAUAUAACGGUUUUACUCAAACAAGAUGGUUUCUCUUGGGAUGCAAAGCAGCAAAAGAUAGUUGCUAAUGAUGAUGUUUGGGAUGCUUACAUAAAGGCACAUCCGCAAUCGCGAUCGUAUAGAGCGAAAUCGAUGCCGAAUUAUCAAGAUUUAGAAUCAAUUUUUGGAAGUGCCACCGUUGAUAAAUCCCAAUUUAAUAAUAACUUGGAUGAAGAUAUAGUACCGAAGGCUGGUAGUGAUCGGUCCCGAACGCAUUGGACCCCGCCUAUGGACAGUUAUUUGAUCGAGUUAUUGCUAGACCAGGUUAGUAGAGGAAACCGGAACGGGCAAACGUUCAUGGCUCAAGCUUGGAUUAACAUGGUGAAGUCGUUUAACGACAACUUUACUUCCAACCAUGACAAAGAUGUUUUGAAGAAUCGAUACAAACAUUUGAAGAAACAGUAUAAUGACAUCAAUGCCCUUUUAACGGAAACGGGAUUUUCAUGGGACGAUGAACGGGAAAUGGUGACAGCCGAAGAUCAUGUUUGGGAUGCUUACAUUGAGGCGCAUCCUGAUUCACGAUCUUACAGAGUUAAAACCGUUCCUAAUUACCAUAAGCUGUGUAUCGUAUAUGGUCAAAACAUUACAGAAAAAUUAGAAAUUCCCAUUGGUGGUAAUUCCCAAAUCUUGCCUAAUGAAAGCGGGGCAAUCGACAAGAGAAAACGCGUAAAAAAGACGCCAUUAGGUUUAGAGCGUAGUGGGAAAGUGCAAAAAAGCCAAAGUGAUGAUAUAAAGGAAGCUUUUACAGAUAUGGCGAACGUAGUUUCGAAGUUGGUAAAUGGAAAAACCGAUAGGAACUAUAGUCCGAUAGAAAAGGCGGUCGAUGCACUUCAAGCGAUACCCGACAUAGAUGAUGAUCUUUUGUUGGACGGUUGUGAUAUUCUCGAAGAUGAGAAGAAAGCAAAGACGUUUUUAGCUUUGGAUGCUUCGUUACGGAAGAAAUGGUUGCUGAGAAAACUUGGACGCUAGUUUGGGUACAUAAUGAGAUUUUUUUAACCAUAUAAUAGAGUUUUGACUGUUUGAAUCAGGGUUUGAAGCUAAGUUUUUUUUUAUUUUUUUUAUUGAGUUUUGUUUCUUGAAGGGUAAUUUAAAGAAGUUUAAUUUCCUGCUUUUCAUCUAAUAGAAUGUUGGAGCUCUUGAUGUUAGGAUGUAUAACUCCAUGUUUUGUCUCCAAAGGAUUAUGGAGGUAAUCCAAUCCGCUAACAACGCUGAUGUGUAUCCUGAGGCAUUAGAGCCAGGUGAGAAUUCUGCGAGCGAUGAUCUGUAUUGCAUGAUUUUCACAUGGGUUUUAAUGGCUCUGGAUAUCCAUUGGGAUUGUUAGCGGGUUGGAUUACUCUCAUAAUCCAUUCGGAAAUGCAACAAGGAGUUGUACAUCGUGACAACAAGAGCUCUAACAUCUCAUUAGAUGAGAAGUAGGAAGCUAGGCUUUUGAGAUUAAUGUUUGACACAUUGUGAAAUGCAUACUUGUAAAAAAGGAUCUUAUCAUUUUUGUAGUCAUAGAUGUUGAAUUGUUGUUUUAUAGGAACAAUAUGUUGUUGAUCAGCAAGCUUGUGAUUAAAUGUACAUAUGAUUUUAAUUCA